AUGCCUCUCAAGAUGGCAGACGUCGCGAAUCUCUUCGUUCGGCUGCGCCGCGCCCAAGCACGUGCGGCAGCGCAGCACAUCGACUCAACCUCGGGCGACUGGCCGCUCACGCACGCUGCGCUCGCCGAUGACGUCGCCAUGUCCCCCCGCAAGGUUCCGCUUGUGCAGGAGGACACCUUUGUGUGCAAGGACGGCGUCGACGUCGCAAAGUUACUCCGUCUUGCGCGCGCAGCGCUAUAUGAGGAGGCGCAGGUAAUCGGUGCCAAUGUGCUUGUGGACGAGCAGAUUUGCUUGCACCGGAACGACCCCCGGAUGUUCACAGUACACAUCCGGUACUCUGCCUCCGCUUCACGCUCACAGAAACGGGACCCGCAACAGCCCAUUGCGCUUGAUUGCGCGCGCAGCAUUCCGGGGCUCAUGACGAUCCUCGACAGACUCGAGCAAUGA